UUAUUGAUGAUUAAUAGGGGUUUGUUCUAGAAGAAGUUGGUGCUGUAGUCUGUGACUUGAGUGGGUCUCGUGUUCCUUUUUGUUUUAAGAGUGAAACCAGUGUUAGAAAUCAGAAAAUGUCUACAGUAGCGAGUCCUCUUUCCGUUGCCGGGACACGGCAAUCUGGGCAGCCUGUUCGUUCACAAAAUGUUAUGGCUGCAAGUUCCAUUGCCAAUAUCGUGAAGAGUUCAUUGGGGCCCGUGGGAUUGGAUAAGAUGCUGGUCGAUGAUAUUGGCGAUGUUACAGUCACAAAUGACGGCGCAACUAUUUUGAAACUGCUCGAGGUGGAACACCCGGCGGCCAAGAUCCUUGUGGAGCUGGCUCAAUUGCAAGAUGAAGAAGUUGGGGACGGUACAACUUCCGUUGUUAUUCUGGCUGCCGAAUUAUUGAAGAAUGCCGACGAACUUGUAAAACAAAAAAUCCAUCCGACUUCGAUCAUAUCAGGCUACCGAUUAGCAUGCAAAGAGGCUUGCAAAUACAUCUCGGAACAUUUGACCGCUCCUGUUGAUGAACUAGAAAAGGAAUGCCUCUACAACAUUGCUAAAACUUCGAUGAGCUCGAAAAUUAUCGGAGCAGAUGCCGACUUCUUCUCUGAGAUUGUUGUUAAUGCAGCAUUAUCUUCCAAGAUCAACGACCCCAAGGGCCACCCAAUAUAUGCUAUCAAAAAUAUUAAUGUUUUGAAAGCACAUGGUAAAUCUGCACGCGAAAGCAUGUUCAUUGAAGGUUACGCUCUCAAUUGCACUGUCGCUUCUCAACAAAUGCCUAAGAGAAUCACCAACGCAAAAAUUGCUUGUCUUGAUUUCUCUUUGCAAAAAACUAAAAUGAAGUUGGGAGUUCAAGUAUUAAUCAAUGAUCCAGAGAAAUUGGAAGGAAUUCGCGCUCGCGAAUUGGAUAUCACAAAGGAGAAAAUCCAUAAGAUUUUAUCGACUGGAGUGAAUGUCGUUCUCUGCUCAGGUGGAAUUGAUGAUCUCUGUCUGAAAUAUUUCGUUGAAGCAGGCGCAAUGGCUGUUCGCAGAGUGAAAAAAUCCGAUUUGAAAAUCAUUGCUAAGGCAACCGGAGCUGCAUUCCUAUCAUCGCUUACAAAUAUGGAUGGUGAAGAGAGUUUCGAAACAUCAAUGAUCGGUCAAGCUGAAGAAGUUGUUCAGGACAUGAUUUGUGACGAUGAAUUGAUAUUGAUUAAGCGACCUCAAGUUCGAGCUGUUUCUUCCAUAAUUUUGCGUGGACCAAAUGACUUUUAUUGUGACGAGAUGGAAAGAUCUAUUCAUGAUUCAUUGUGCGUAGUGAAGCGUGUGUUAGAAAGCAAGAAAGUUGUCGCUGGUGGCGGAUGCGUUGAAGCAGCUUUGUCUAUUUAUUUAGAAAACUUCGCAACGUCAUUGAGUUCCCGAGAACAAUUGGCUAUCGCUGAAUUUGCCCGAUCACUUCUCGUUAUUCCCAAAACGUUAGCCGUAAAUGCAGCGAAGGAUGCUACAGAUCUAGUUGCAAAGCUUCGGGCAUACCAUAAUUCCAGUCAAACCAAAGCCAAUCAUGCUCAUUUGAAGUGGAUCGGUUUGGACUUGUUCGAGGGUGUGGUUAGAGAUAAUAAGAAAGCUGGUGUAUUGGAGCCAGCAAUGUCGAAAAUUAAGUCGCUCAAAUUCGCAACCGAAGCUGCAAUCACAAUUUUGCGAAUUGACGAUAUGAUCAAACUGAACCCAGAAGAGAAGGCAGGAAAGAGUUAUGGAGAUGCUUGUGCCGCCGGCGAACUAGAUUAUUAGUAUGUUAAGAUAUUCUAGCGCUAACUAAGAUUACUUUCUAAUUGAGAAUAUUAAACUUCAUGAGCUUUCUACGUAUGUGGGAAAAACAUACUCUACCAUAUUUUUUUAAUAUGUAAUUUUUAUUUAAUUUCCUCUUCGUCACAUCAACUAAUGUACACGCAUUGCAGUAAUAAAUUUUGAUUUGUUACAUUAA